GGCCGCUGAGCACUGGUGGAUUGCGGAAGUAUGCACUGUUCCCGGGGGCUUCGAAUAAAUGAGCUACGACCGUAGGAGCGCGACAUUGUUUUUUCCUGGAGAGCCACAUUAUGGCUUGCAAACGAGCCAGGCAUGACAGUUGCUCUGUGUUUGGAUGUACAAAUGAACACAAAAAUCUAUUUUUUGUUCCUUCAACCGAGCCUCUGAAGAACCAGUGGGUUAAUUUUAUUUUCUCUGGAAAUGCGAGAGUCUGCGCCAAACAUUUCACCGACGACUGCUUUCUCAACUUGGGCCAAUACAGAACUGGACUUGCUAAGCGUCUAAAACUUAAGUCUAGAUCAGUACCAACCCUCCUUGGCUCAGCCUCAAACCUCGGACAAGCCAGCACAUCAAGUGAUUACAUUCAGCCGCUGAUCUCAAGGGAUAUUGCCUGCCAGACAGACCACCUGGAAGCACAUACUGUAGGCACACAGCUAUCCUUACAGACUUUGCGGCCCCACUUAAACAGUGACGAAGACGGUGAUGCCUUUGGAGAUGGCAGCACGCAGUGCGGCGCCACCUCAGAGAGUCUGCGUAUGGACGCCCCUGGCACCUACCACAGGGAGCUGAAGAUCCUGAGCGUCUAUGGAAAAGGGGAGGGCCCACUGGCGGUGGACGGCCAUGACACCCUCUUUACCACGUCAGAAAUGGAGGCCCUGAACUCGCUCUCUGCGGACCACUGCGUGGCCAAGAGCCUGGACCGCGGCGAGCGAUUGGUCUGCCGCAUGGAGCUGGAAGACUGCGAUGCCUUUGGAGACCGUAGCACGCAGCGCGGCGCUGCCUCGGAGAGUCUGCGUGUGGACACCGCUGGCUCCUCCCACAUGUCCAGUCACAGCGAGGAACUGAAGAUCCUGAGCUUCUACGGAAAAGGGGAGGGCCCACUGGCAGUGGGUGGCCAUGACACCCCCUUCACAGCGUCCGAAGUGGAGACCCCGAGCUCACUGUUUGCGGACCACAGCGUGGCCACGGGCCUUCGGCGCAGUGAGCGUUUGGUCCGCCAUAAGGAGCUGAGUGUCCAGGGUCUUGAUGAGGAAGUGCCUCAGAAGGGUUCUGAGCCAACAUAUUCCUCAUCACUAAAUGAUGAUAUUGAAGAGGAGCAGUUUUCUGGAGAUGAACUGCUUUCAGACCAGGACAGUGAUCCAGAAUCUGAAAUUAGCCAAAUAUACGAUGAGAAAUACAUACCUGAGUCAGAUGAGGAUGAUGGCGAAGAUCCAGAUGCAAGCUUAGACUUCAUGCCUCAGUCGAAAGUAAAACCAGUAAUGCCUGAUGUUGGAGCAUCUAGAUCAGACACCAGUGUCCAAGAUGUGCCCAUGGUUCCCAGUGCUGCUGUUGCAUCUGAGUCAGGAGAUUCAAACCAGUCAGAGGAAAUGCCAGAAGCUGAAGCUGAACGACGCAAACAAGAAGUAACAUUACAGAAUACGACUAUAAAAAAUUACUGUUACGUUUGUGGUAAGCCACAGAGUAAAAUCUCCCGUCACUUGAAAUUGCACAGGAAACAUGCUGAACUAGUUCAUUUGUUUUCCCUCCCUGAAAAAUCCAAGGAGCGCAAGAUCCUAUUAGAAAAAAUUAGGAACAAGGGAAAUUUUAAACAUAAUACGACAGUUUUACAGGCUGGAGAAGGACCACUGAAAGUGAAACGACAACCAAAGGCUAACAUAAUGGCAGAAAAGUUUAUUCACUGCGUGUACUGUCGAGGUAUGUACAUUCGCAAGGAGCUUUGGAGACAUGUCCGCAGAUGCCCCUGUAAACCAGAAGGUUUGAAUGAAGAACCUGGUAGAACCAAAGUACUUGGUCUGGCUGCAGCACAAGAGUCUGCAUCCUGUCAGCAGAUCUCAUGUGGAGUGUGGAAGCUCCUUGGUGUCAUGAAGCAGGAUGAGGUUGCCAUAAUUGUGCGAAAGGACCUCUCAAUUAUUCAGUUUGCCCAAUCACUUUACAACAAACAUGGACAGGACCCCACAAAGUAUGACUACAUUCGUCAGAAGAUCCGUGAAGUGGGCCGUUUUUUGUUGUGUCUGCACACAGAAUUCUCCAUACAUACCAUGGAGGAGGCUGUUAAACCUGCAAACUUCCAGAGAGUUAUGCGAGCAGUAAAGAAAGUGUCCGGUUUUGACGAAGAGACACACUCAUUCCUAACUCCAAGCCUUGCGCUGAAACUGGGACAUUCGCUGCAUAAAAUCUGUGACAUUAUUCAUUGUAGAGCACUCAUGGCAGAAGAUGAAGAUCGGAUCAGGUCCACUGACAUUUUCAAGAAGUUGUACACUUCCAAGUGGUCGGAGUUGGUUUCACAUGGUGCCCUGAACACACUGAGUGAUCCCAAGUACCACAAGCCAUCAACAUUGCACUUCACCGAAGAUGUCCAGAUCUUUCAUCGGUACCUUGACAAAUCUGCAGAAGAAGCCUUUGGCAACUUGAAAGAGGUGGCCACCUCCCAGAACUAUGCUCGACUUGCAAAAGUUACACUUGCACAAAUCAUUGUGUUUAAUCGGAGACGUGCUGGGGAGGUUUCAAAAAUGCUCCUCAAAAGUUUUCUUGAAAGGGACAACACAAAGCCUCAUGAAGAUGUUGCCAUGGGGUUGUCAAAGACUGAACAGAGGCUCUGCAACUAUUUCUGCCGUGUCGAAAUGAUGGAAAAAGGGGGCAGAAAGGUUGCAGUUCUGCUCACACCGAGCAUGGUGGAUGCUCUAUCACUACUUGCAAGUAACAGAACUGAAUCAGGUGUUUGUGCAACAAACCUCUUCCUUUUUGCAAGACCCAAAGCAAUGAGCCACUACAGAGGACAUGACUGUUUGCGUGUUCAUGCAAGCCAGUGUGGCGCAAAGCACCCUGAGCACCUCAGGUCAACACAACUCAGGAAACAUGUCGCCACACUGUCCCGAGUCCUCAACUUAAAAAACAAUGAACUUGAUCAGGUUGCAGAUUUCUCGGGUCACGACAUCCGUGUUCACCGUGAUUUCUACAGAUUACCAGUUCCCACAACACAACUGGCCAAGAUUUCCAAACUGCUUCUAUCAAUGGAGAAAGGACAUCUUUCCGGCAUGCAGGGGAAAUCCCUGGAUGAGAUUGAAAUUGACGAUGAAAUGGUUUUAAGUGAUGCUGAGGCCAAUGACGAUGGGAGCAAAUAUGAUAGCAGUGACACCGCAGACCUGCCGUCGGAGUGUGUGACUAGCGAGCCUGUGGAGACUGCAUCGUGGUCUACAAUCACAGAGCAGCUCCAUGACACUAAAUAUAUUGAAGACAGCAAUGACAAUAGAUAGUCUGCAUGUGAACGCCUCGGGUUUCUCCCACAUGUCCAGUCACAACGGGGAGCUGAAGAUCCAGAGCGUCUACGGAAAAUGGAGGGCCCACAGGCAGUGGACGACCAUGACAACCUCUUCACCACGUCAGAAGUGGAGGCCCGGAACUCGCUGUCUGUGGACCACAGCGUGGGGGGGCUGGCCCUAUGUCUUGUGUCGCAAGGUUUUUCCCAACGAUGCCAAAAUGAUCGUCAACAUGCGUCACCACACUGACGAGAAGCCGUACGGGUGCGACCAAUGCAAGAUGCGCUUCAAACUGAAGGGCACCCUGAAGCGCCACAAGAGUACUCACUCCGAGAGGAAGCCCUAACAGACAGGAAGGCCACCUGAAGACGCACAUGAUGUCUCACUCCGGGGAGAAGUCCUACAGACGGGACCAAUGCACAAAGCGCUUCAGACAGCAAUGCGUCCCGACGCUCCCAGGAGGACUCAUUCCUGGGAGAUGCCCUACAAGUGUGACCAAUGCAGAAAACGAGUCAGUGUGAGCUCCAGGCUGAAGACCCACAUGAGGACUCACUAAGGGGAGAGGCCCUACAGGUGUGACCAAUGCACAAAGAGCUUCAGAAAGAAAGGCACCCUAAAGAACCACAUGAGGACUCACACCAGGGAGCUGCCCUACAGGUGUGACCAAUGCAUGAAGUGCUUAGGAGACAGCUCCAACCUGAAGAUCCACAUAAGGACUCACACCAGGGGGAAGCCCUACAGGUGCGACCAAUGCAUGAAGCACUUCGGAUAUAGCACCACCCUGAAGAGCCACAUGAGGAUUCACACCGGCGAGAAGCCCUACAAGUGCGACCAAUGCGUGAAGUGCUUCAGAGAGAGCUGCAAGCUGAAGAUCCACAUGAGGACUCACACCGGCGAAGGCGAGAAUACCUAAAGGUGCGACCAAUGCACAAAGCGCUUCGGACAGAGCACCAAGCUGAAGAUCCAGAUGAGGACUCACACCGACAGGAAGCCCUACAGGUAGCUUCGAACGGAGCGCAAACCUGAAGACCCACAUGAGCACUCACACCGGGGAGAAAACCUGCAUAUGUCUGCAGUGCAACGCCAGCUACAGCGACCCAAGCAAUUUGGGUGUGCACAUGCUCAAGCACAUGGUCAAUAGGGUGCUUUGACACGGGGCAACGUGACGCUUUGAUUGACACCUCUAUCCUGUAUUCGUUGAAAUUACUACUUUUUUUAGUUUUUUCUUUUUUUCAUCCUGAAGAUGUUUUCCAACUUUUGAUUCGCUUUGUAUUUAUUGUUAAUAAUUGAUGUAUGUGAGAUGAGGAAGAACUUAUGUUUAGGACGCUAUUGACGGCAAAAUAUUUGAUUGAAUUUAAGAGCUUGAUCAUGGGAAGAUACAGGCAGCAAAGUUACCAGGCAUACAUUCAAUGAGACGAUGGGUGUACAUGAUUCUUAUUGGAACCUUUCACAUCGUGGGUAAACAAACAAAGGUGAGGGAAUGUGACCAUCAUGGAGAGUUUAGGAUGGCCAGGGGAGAGACCAAGUUAAAUUGCAAUACACUAUGGAUGCAGUGGACAUGGAUGCGAGACAGUUAAAGGCAUCUACACAACACAGAAGUCAGUCGAUUGGCCUCAGUAUCAGACUUGGUGUCUACAGUUGCAAUGCAAGUUAUCUUAACACCUUUUCAAUUAGAGAGUGCGAGAGGGAUCUCUAGGUCCAAGGAGAAUGUAUAGAAAUGUCUUUCAAUUGACUAGUAAUUAUUAUGUAAAGGGGGUUUUAUAUAAUUUGUAUAUUAUAGUUACGCUUGAUAUUACCAUGACAGUCAUUACGCUACCUUUGUUAAUAAAAAUUGCCUGCAAAGUU